CAUCAACCAAUCAGAAGAGAAAGCGUAGCGUUUGCAGAUUGCAGCUGGUUGGUUUUGCCGAUAAAAUAAACAGGAACAGACCGAAUAGUAUCGCGAUUCACAACUUUGAAGUCUCACAAAUUUUGUAUAGCUCUUCUGUAUUUUUGUGAUUUCUAGGUUAGCAAAAAAUACAAUUUUCUUGAAGUAAAUCUUGAACUAAAUAGUGCUCUUUAAAUUUGCAUCAGAGAGAUUAAUUUUUUUUAUUGAAUUCAACAUAGCUUUUGUUAUUGAAUAGGUUAGUUGAUUAGAAUUAUAUUGGUGAAAUGGUUUCCCUCUUAGGCAAACCGUUUCUACUGUUGCUCCUCUCAUUCAUUGGAUGUCAUGGUUUGUAUCCUUCUAGCUCUGAUGUCAUCGAUUUAACAGAAGCUAACUUCGAUAAAUUAGUGACACAAAGUGACGCCAUUUGGAUUGUUGAGUUCUAUGCACCAUGGUGCGGACAUUGUCAACAGUUCGUGCCUCAGUAUUCCAAAGCGGCCACUGCUUUGAAGGGAUUUGUGAAAGUGGGUGCUGUAAAUGCAGAUGAGCAGAAGUCCUUGGGUGGAAGAUUUGGAGUUAGAGGAUUUCCAACUGUGAAAAUUUUCGGGGCCAAUAAAAAUAAGCCCGAAGAUUAUAAUGGAGCUAGAACGGCUCAGGGUUUGGCGGAUGCUGGAAUCGCUGCCAUCAAGAGUAAAGUCUCCGUCAAUCUCGGAGGAAAACAGAGCGAGUCAUCCAAGGGAAAACAAGAAGACGUGAUAGAGCUCACAGACUCUAACUUUGAUUCGCUGGUGUUGAAUUCUGAAGAUAUGUGGCUGGUUGAGUUCUAUGCUCCUUGGUGCGGACACUGCAAGAAUCUUGCUCCACACUGGGCUCAUGCUGCCACCGAACUCAAGGGAAAGGUUAAAGUAGGAGCAUUGGAUGCCACCGUUCAUAGCGCAAAAGCUAGUAAAUUCGGCGUACAGGGAUAUCCUACAAUCAAAUUUUUCCCUGGCGGAAAGAAAGAUUCUUCAUCGGUUGAAGAUUACAACGGAGGUCGCACAGGCAGCGAUAUUGUAAACUGGGCCCUGGAAAAGCUGGCAGAGAAUGUUCCUGCCCCCGAAAUCAAACAGAUUGUCGGUGAAAGUGUGCUGAAAGAAGCCUGUGAAGAUCAUCCGUUAUGUGUUGUAGCCGUCCUUCCCCAUAUUCUCGAUUGCCAGGCUAAUUGUAGAAAUGAGUAUAUCAAAACUCUGACAUCACUUGGAGAAAAAUUCAAGAAGAAACUAUGGGGGUGGGUUUGGUUGGAAGCUGGAUCUCAUCCUGAAUUGGAAGAACAACUGGAAAUUGGCGGAUUUGGUUACCCGGCGAUGGCUGUUCUCAACGCAAAGAAAAUGAAGUAUUCUAUUCUCAGAGGAUCGUUUUCAUAUGAUGGAAUCAAUGAGUUUUUGAGAGAUCUGUCUUAUGGACGCGGCACAACUGCCCCCUUCAGAGGAACCUCUCUGCCGAAGAUACAAUCGAUUGAGCCAUGGGACGGCAAAGAUGGUCAACUACCUGUUGACGAAGACAUCGAUCUAUCAGACGUCGAUCUAGAAGAUUUAUCAAAAGACGAACUUUAACGCAUCCCAUCUGUGUAAAUCUGAACUUUCAUUAACUUAAGGCAUAAGACUGAAGAAAAUGUAAUUUUUUUUCUUUACUCUAAGAAGAUAUGUAGUUUUCUACCCGUGUAUUGGUGAAUAACUCUUGUAUUAACAAUAAUAUUAAUUCUUUCUGUACAUAAGUGA